AUGUUGCCGAUGGUUCAAGCAGAGCCUGUGCUGUUCAAUAGCGCGGGUCACUCCGCCGAUGGUGCCUCGCCGACGGCUACCUUACCACCCUCGUUGACACCUGACUCCGAGGUUGAGGGACUGGCUGAGUUUUUUUAUGAUAUAGAUGUGGCUGUCGUUAACACGUUUUCAAGAAUCGAAUCCUGUGACCUCCAACCGGGAGACACAUGGAGGGGGAUGCAGGGCAAGAUGAGCGUGACCGCGCCCGGUAAGAAGAUAAGAAAAAAGUCGUCAGACAUUAAGCCACAAUCUCAACAGAACAAGUGUCACAACGAGAAGCGUCGCCGUGAACUCGAGAACGAAGUUAUAAAUCAGCUUGAAGAACUGUUAGGUACAUGUCUGGCGGAGGUGAAGCAGCCUGAUAAGAACGGUAUAGUGAGAGAGGCUACGCGGCAGAUAGAAGACGUACUGCAGCGGCGGCGGGACUGCCCCGGAGACUGUCCCCUGCGCGUGCUCCAAUGCCUCUCACCAGUACAGGCUGGGGAAGUCAGCUCCACUCAACACCAACCUUCAACAGGAUUCCAGUACUCCGAGCUAAGCACCCUUAUUGAGGCAAUCAAACAUUACACCGGCGUCCUGGGUUUAAUAUUAAUGGAAAUUAACUCGAAAGGCGAAAUCGAAUGUGUCACGGAAAAUAUUAAAGAUCUUAUCCUAGCUGAAAGGACGGAGUUAUUUAAAAAAUCAAUAUUCUCGCUAUUGCAUGCCGAUGACCAUGCUAAAAUAAAGCCGUUGCUGAGAAAUAUACAGAACUUCGCCUGGGGCUCUACGGAAUCUGAUAAGUCUCAAUACAUUCACGCCCGCCUGCUCAUAAAAGACGCCAAUGUGACCGAUGGUGACAGUUUCGUGGACACCGUGAUCCACGCUGCGCCGGUGCGCGGCUCGUCCACGGAGGAGGCCGGCUCCGUCAUGUGCGUCAUUCGGCGCUGCGAGUCGGCCGCUAUCUCCAACGACGCCGUACCUACCAUCGUCUUCAGAUUGGACUGUAACUUUAAUAUACUGUCCUGUGAUUUGUCCGGUGUCGAAAACUGUAUGAACUCUCCUGUAUCUCUUUUGGGAACUCGUUACUUAGAUCUCGUUGAGAGUAGUGAUCGUGCCCGUGUUUCCGCUCAUCUUCAAGAAGUAGUGGCUCGAGCUGGUCUGUUAGUGGUCAGUGAACCUUACCGGUUACGUAUCACGUCCGAAACACCUCGAAUAAGAGUUAGCGCUCAAGCUCGUCUCUUCCCUACCGUCGGUGAACCUGAUUUCAUAAUGUCAACGAACACUGUGCUCACCGAUGAUGACAUCGGCAUACUCGAACCCGGAGGCUCGCGGCCUGCGCUCGGCGGGCCUCUGAUGACGUCGGUCGCCAACGGGGAAACUUCCUCGUCCGAUUCGCGGUACAGGUGUGCCAUCAGUCCCGCCGACCCACAGUUCAGUAUGAACGACUUCGACCUCGAAUCUUGGCCGCAGUCCUUUUCUAUGGGCGACAUGAGCGGGGAGGACUCGAAGGAGCGCAAAGAAAAUAACGAAGAAAUGAAUCCGCACACCUCGCCGGUAGAUGCUCAGGGUGUGUCACACGAGAAGCCAAACAGGCUGCGGUCGCUGCUCAUCAAGAAGAGCGGUCCUUCCACCGACGCCAAUUCUAACAACCAGAUCCUAAAGGAUCUCCUCAAACAAGAGGACGAAGAAGCGACCAGUAGUGAAACUUCAGCUCCUCACACACCGCACACUCCUCACACGCCGCAAACUCCGCACACUCCGCAUACGCCCUUAACGCCCGCGUCCGCGCGCUCCCCUCUACACUCGGCGCAGGCGCACGCUCGGCCGCCGCCGCUCCACGGCACACACCAGCCCGUCAUGCACAACAAUCAGUUGCUCAAGAUACUAAAUGACAAAUCAGAUGAAGAUGGAGAUGAAAGCAGAAGAAAUUCAACGGAUAGUUCUCGUGGCCCGUCCCAGACAAGUGUGCUGUCGCAGUUGCUGUCUAACAGCAACGGUCCCUCGAGCAACGGUCGCUCUCAGGAGGGCAGCGAUAUGUACAUGGAUAGAAUCGCCGGCAUGAAAAGGAAGUUUGAGGAAUCUAAAGCAUCGUCGAGUAAUGUCAAACGAGUCACGCCUGAAAAUCAGCAGAAAAUCCCCCAGGUAUCAUCAAGCGCGACGAACGCCGGUAACGUGACGGUGGUGACGAGCGCGGCGUCCGGAUCCACGAGUCCCGCCACCAGCAGCGCCGGCAUGAGCCCUCUCUGUCAGAAGAACCAGAUCCUGGUGUCAUUACUGGCGCGGCAGCAGACGACCCCGCCCACGCCGCUGCCGCUCCCCAACACUAUACUGCGGUCGUACCCGCCGCGCGCCCGGCCGCCGCCGCUGCAGCCCCCGCACACUCAGAUGCAACGCCCGCAUCAUAUGCAGCAGCAGCAACAGCAGCGACUCAUCCACCCCACCAUCUCUACUGUACUCAACACUAGUAACCGAGGCAGCAGUAUGAAUGGCGCUGGGCCUGUAUCAUCCGCUCCUAGCGCGGAGUGUCCUUCCAGUAUGGGUCUCCAGACGUCACAGUCGAUGCCGGUACAGAGUCACCUUCAGAUGGUACUACAGGGUGUGUCGCGGAACUCGUACCAGGCGGGUGUGGCCGCGCAGCCUCACUACGCCGCGCCCUCCCCACAUCACCCCUAUAAUAACCAAGGGUCGCGGUCCCAAAGCGGUUCCGGAGACAGCGAGGUCCCCAGCGACCAGGCGCUGUCUGAUAUUCUAGACGAGGUGAUCGAGAACAUGCCGUACAACGACAGGCCCGCACCAGAUGUCGCUAUCAUGGACAUGGAUAGUAAUCGACAAAUUCGAUCAGACUAUCAGGGUGUUAAAGAGAAAAACGCCGUCAUAAACGCUAUAACGCAAAGUCUCAUGCAGUGCGAGACAGCUACUAAGAGUCCUGUGUCGUCGAGUCCCGUCCCGCCGGUGUACCCGGUACAGAGUCCGGGCUCCGUGAGCGGUCAGUGUAGUAUGUCGGGCGGCGUGGGCGUGGGCAACGUGUACGGGCUGGUGUCAAGGGACGCAGACGGAGCCCGGGCCCGCGCCCUCGUGGAACAACAGCGGGCACGACUGCUGCAAAUGCAGCGCUCGCAAUCAUUACUUGUGUCGCCUGAGGCCGCAGAGCAGCCGCAGCCCGACCUGGGUUCUACAAUCAACGCUCUGGUUUCCGCGACGCCGCCUAACGUAGCCUUAACACGCAACGACUACCAUCACUUAUAUCACCAGCCCAAUCAAAUGGGGACAAACUACGGUACAAAUAAAUUAACUUCAUCUCAACAAAAUCCCAUGUUGAGUAGACAGCUCGGUGUUGGCGGAAAUUCGUACGCAGCGGCGUUACACACGCCGCAAGCGCCGCAACCUUAUCAUCGAGCGCCGCGCCCGCAUCCUGUUCUCCAAUUAUUCAGUCUGAUCCAAGUGGGCGGCUACUAUGAGGAGAGCGAGGCGGGGGCCUACUGCGGGGAGUACGGGCGGCGCGUGGCGCACGGCGCGCACCCUCACCCGCACGCGCACCCACACGGCCAUCACCCCCCGCACACGCCGCACCCUCCGCACACGCCGCACCCGCCGCACGCCGACCACCAGAUGUCAUGUGGCGGUGUGGGAGGUGUGGGCGGCGUGAGCAGUGUGGGCGCCGUGGGCGUGGGCGGUGCGGCGGGCGGAGGUACGUCGGAGUACGUGCGUAACGAGCUGCGCGCGGUGGUGGGCGCGCGGUCAGCCCGGCCCGAGCUUCACGCGCUGCACGCUCCGGACCUCGACCCGCUCCUCAACUUCGACAUGCCCGCGCCAGGUGGCGGCGGUGUGGUGGGGGGCAGAGCGGCGGCGACACCGAACGCCUGGGAAACGCAACAGACAGCGAGUACUACGGAGGAGGUCUCGGCGGCGGCGGGGCGGGGGGCGGCGGCCGGUGAUGAGGAGCCGGCUGCGGCUGGCAACACGCCCGCUAAGGCAUCACUGCUACAGAAACUACUGUCGCAGUGA